AUGCUGGAUCCCAUGCUGAAGGCAGACCAGCUGUACAAGCAGAAGAUCAUCAGAGGGUUCUGUCACUUGUAUGAUGGCCAGGAGGCUUGUGCUGUUGGCAUCGAAGCGUCAAUCAAGCCAACGGACCACCUGAUCACAGCGUACCGCGCACACGGCUACACUUUAACAAGGGGAGGGACGGUCAAGGGGAUCAUGGCUGAACUCACCGGCAGAAGAGGUGGCAUUGCGAAGGGCAAAGGAGGCUCUAUGCAUAUGUAUUGUAAAAAUUUCUACGGUGGGAAUGGAAUCGUCGGCGCCCAGGUACCUCUGGGUGCUGGCGUGGCACUAGCCUGCAGAUAUAAGGGCACCGACGAGCUGUGUGUCUGUUUGUAUGGCGAUGGCGCCGCCAACCAGGGUCAAAUUUUUGAAACCUACAACAUGGCAGCUCUUUGGAAGUUGCCUGUUAUCUUCAUCUGCGAGAACAACAGGUACGGCAUGGGAACGUCAGUGGAGCGAGCAGCAGCCAGCACCGACUACUUAAAGAGGGGAGAAUUUAUUCCUGGUCUCAGGGUUGAUGGUAUGGAUAUUCUGUGCGUCUGGGAAGCGACUAGAUUUGCGGCUGAACACUGCCGGGCUGGGAAGGGCCCAAUACUCAUGGAGCUACAGACGUACCGUUAUCAUGGACACAGUAUGAGUGACCCUGGUGUCAGCUAUCGCACACGCGAAGAGAUCCAGGAGGUCCGCAGUAAGAGCGACCCCAUCUCCUUGCUGAAGGAACGCCUUCUCAGCAACAACAUGGCCAGCGUGGAGGAGCUUAAGGAGAUUGACGUGGAGGUGAGGAAGGAGAUCGAAGACAUGAGAAG